UGUCUCUAUAAGACGACCGAGAAACAGCAUCCUCUUAGGAAACAAACAGAAGCAAGCGAUAGGAGAAUAUACCCGCCUUCAGUUUCAGCAGAUCUGCUCAGGACAGGUGCCUGAACCGCACACAGCUCAGACUGCACUUCAGCCGUUAACACACUGCGUGAUGAAGACUCCACUGUGGACACUACUGUUGCUUGGACUGUGUAACCCAGCGUGGUGCGACUGCCAGAAGGACUGCCUCUUCUGCAGCCAAAAACUGCCUAACGAAUAUGCCUUCAACAAUUUGGUGUGUCUGGUGGAGUGUCAUGGUAAGCUUUCUCCGGGCGACACCUGGGAGAUGUGCCGCAGGAUCAUUGUGGAGCAAAACCCAAAAGCCUUGCUAUCGCUUGGUAAUGGCAUGCUGAAAAGAGCAGAAGAGGAAGCGGACACCUCUCUGGCUGUGGACCAGGACGAUGGCCAGUUUUCUGAAACCCUCCAGAGGUUCGACCACAUAACGCGGGCCUUGGGAACGGAUGAUCAGGACCAAGAUAUGCAGCUCAGUAAAAAAUACAAGUUCCUGCAAGUACAGUCAGCGCAAGAAUCUGAAGAAGAGCGAGAUGGAGAUAGCGAGGUGGAAGGCGAUGAGGAAGACGCUGCCGUCCACCUAAUCAAACGCUUUGGAGGCUUCCUCAAAAACAAGUACGGCUACAGGAAGUUCAUAGAUCCUGGAAGGUCUUUGCAAAAGAGAUAUGGGGGUUUCAUAGGCGUCCGCAAAUCGGCCCGUAAGUGGAACAACCAGAAGCGCUUUAGCGAGUUCCUCAAGCAGUAUUUGGGCAUGAGUACUCGAGCUAGUGAGUUUAAUAGUAUGUCUGCUGAUGUCACCCAACAGAAUGAGUAAGCUUUGACCUUUGAAGCGAAUAAACUUACCCAGCAAACCAUUCGUUAUGCUCAUUCGAAAGAUAUCACGCACCGUCCUCCUCAAACACAAAAAGCUCUCAUAGUGCCACAGGUUUAGAUGUGGAUUUACUCACUGAAGCACCUAAUCUGUGUCAAGCAAAGCUUACAUUUAUUAGCUUGAAGUUUGAAGAAAAUCUUCAGAGUUAAUUCGAGACAUCUAUAGAUUGCUUUAAGUGAUUGGUAUCGUAUAUGAUGGCCCCUGUAGUUUAAUUAUACAUUGUGGAAAGCCCAUUUUGAAAACGUUACUGGAGCCAAAUUCAUCUCCUUUUCGACACUGCCACCUAUUGGCCAAUGAGAGUUCCCAUCUCUAUGAAAAUGCUUGAAAUUGGGGCCAAAUGUCAUACAGAGAGGUAGUUAACUGGCAAAAUACAGUUACUAAAGGAAUAGUUCACCAAAAAUGAAACACUGUCAUGACUUACGUAAUUUUCAGCUCCAAAUGAAACAUAAAUUAGCGUUUAAAAUCGAAUGGAAGCGUGAGAAUUUUUAUUACCAUCAAAUAAAAUGUUAGUUUUCAAAUCUCAUAUGCUUGCAUUCAAACAUUCUAUGUCGCAAUUUUGUCAUGAGACAAGCUAGACAACUUUGGUUUUUGGAAGCGUUAAAAGUAAUUUUAGUCUGUUCUUGGCUUAAAUCUAUCUCAUUUUGCUUUAGAAGUCUUGAUAUAUAUAGUACACAGGCCAUAUAUGCCUUUCUUUAUGCCGCUUUUUGUUAUUUUUGGAGCACAAUGGGCCAUAUAAAAUCCCAAUCUGUUUUGAAAAAAUCAUCCAUCUGAAUGGGAAAAUCAGUUAUUUUAUGAAGUGACAAUUUUGUAUGAAUUUGUACCCAAUGAAUGUACAUUUCGUAAGAAAAAAGCAAGAAGAUCCACUCUUAAACAUAAUCAUCAAUGGAAGCAUAUUGUGCAAAACGUAUGAAUAAGACUGUACAAAUUCAUACAAAUUAGCCACCAAUUCACCAAAACAUAUUCAUUACUACGAGAUUACGUUGUGACAAAAGCAGCUUUAACAAUCUGCUUAAUAUCAGCUUUUGUUUUAAGGAAGAAAUAAAACAAAAUGGGGUCAGAACGAUGUGAGCAUGAUAGAAUUAGCAUUUUUUUGGGUGAACUAUUCCUUUAAGGGGAUUACGGAAAGCUAAUCUGUGUUUACCGUCUCUCCCAGAAAAUAAAUAAAGCCAGAUUUCGCAUAAACCAUUCCAGCAAAGACUCAUCACUGUAAUAUGCCUAUACAAACAUAACAAAUUCUGUUACGCACAUGCACAGAGUUUGCGAUUCCUCAUCUAACAGUGGGAAACCAAAAGCUUUAAUUUUAUUUUUUUGAAACUGACAGUUGAUUUGUAUUCGUGCAGAAGAAAUGAUGUAUUUAUGCAAACAUUGCCGAGUCAUGCUUUUCCCUUUAUUCUAAUGAUAAGAAUCAUGAUGUUGACUAAAUGAACUGUACAUAGUAACUGAACUAUGUCAAUAAAAUAGUUUACUAUUUUC